GAAAAACAGCUGUUAAUCAAUCAACCUUGACGUGAAUGUGUGUGUGUGCGUGUGUGUGUGUGUACUCUCUCCUGGGUGUUGGUUUGAGGAAGCUGUGGUCAGAUGUGAGUGGGACGCUGAGUGGGGAAAUACACAGAGAGUCAUAUUAAGAAAGAGACUUGAGAAAGACAUUAGUCCCAACUCAAUGAGAAGUAAGAUCCACACAGCUCUGCAGGGUUUAUUGAUGUCACAGACCUGACCAACGCUUCAAAGAAGAUGAAUAGACGCUGCGUUGCUAUUAAUGGCCAGUGUGGCGAGCUGAGUGAAAAAGUGUCCGAUGCAAAUCCCCGCGUGAGCCUCGGUGCACAGAACAGAGGCCCCGAGAACAGACCGGGACCGGGACCGGGACACGUCCCAACACCCCGAGAGCGUUCUUCCUCAACGGUCUCCGUCCCUGAGGCGACGCCACGUUCCCAUCAGCGCCGGUGGUCCAGCGGCUUUUGCAGGUUUGGUACCUCGCCUGUGAUAACUGUGAAGAAGGACAAGAAGGAGCCGCAGCCUCCUCAGCGUGGAGUAUCCCUCCUCCUCCUCCCCCACGCAGCGUCACGUCCAUCAUUCAAACGGUACUCCUGCCCCACCAUCGGGGUCUUCGGCUCAUCCUCCUCGUCCUCGUCGUUGUCCUCCACUUCUUCCUGCUCCUCUCCUCCUCCUCCUGUCCAGACAUCUGUCAUCACCGGCCACGACCCUCUCGGUUGGAAGCUGCGCCCCAAGUCCAGCUCCACGUCCCCCCGGGCUCGCACCAACCGGCUGUCUCUGCAGAUUCCCCUCCCAGUAAUAAUCCCUGAACCCGAAUCAAGUCCUGGAACCGAGUCUCGAUCAGUCCUCGCUUCUAAUCCGGACCCCUCUCGCGAGAACAAACCCCCUCUCGGCCCCAAACCGACCCGUCGCCGCCACUCCGACUCCUCGGCCUUCCUCAGGUCCCUGAGGAACCCUCUGACCGCGGUGACCCUCGAGGAGCUCCGCGGCGUGCACCUCCGCGGCGUGCACCUCCGCCCGCUCGCCCUUUUGGACGAGUCGGACGACGUCUUCGUCGGCGGGAGCAAAGAGGAGGCGGGGGCGACCGCUCGGUUGCGCAAAGUCCCACCACCGGUUCCAGAAAAAACGUCCAUGGCGAGACAAAUAGCACAACUGAUGACUCAUUCACACCAACGGCCUUUUACAGCCAACGAGGAAAUCCUUUACAGCAGUGUUGUAAAGCCAAAGGCCCGACGUUCACCCCAGACUGAGGAGCCCGGCGGACUGAAUGCUAGAGUCACCGGACUGCCCGUGGAUACCAGCUGCGACAGGGAGAGGUCAACGCCACGCGUCCCUGGAUGAGGAGACUUCUUCAACCUCCAGCCAACUAGGAGCAGUUGUACAGAUUACGUGGGGUUGGCACAUCGUGGUCCACUUUUUACUCAAGGAUAAAGCUGAUGGCUGCAGCGGAAGACGCAAAUGACUAUUAUUACGUCGGCACUACGUGGCGUUUAACCUCUCCUCCACACAUUCCCGUGAAAUAUCUGCUGUAAAUAUUUUUGCUGCUUUCUCUCUGUUUUGCGAAUAUGAGUUUGUUCUUGGUGUGAGUUCGGGCAAGUAUCCCGUUUGGCAACCCUGUCUCCUUAUAAGGACGUUCGCUUCCCGUCCAACUAAACUGCAUUCUCAAUUAAGCUGCGAAGGAAAACACAUGUUCUGCAGAAUAACAGUAUUAAACACGGAAUCACCGCUGAGAAUUCAAACAAAAGAUUGUGGUUUGGCUUUAAAAGUAAGUUUAUAUACCUUUAAAGUAACAAUAAAGUAAGUCGAUGUAAACCUUUUUUCAUUAUUUUUGGUUGAAUAGAAUAUUGUAAAUAGAGUUUUUUUAACUGAUGUUCAAACCAUGCAAAUCAUCUGAACACAUUACUUUGGUCUUUGGUAAGAUAUGAAUGGUAUUUGACGUUAUGUGUGAUAUUUAACAAUUUAACGUGUUAAAAGAUGAUCACAGCCCUAACAUGAUUGGAGCCAUGCAAGUGUGGAAAUAGGAUUAGUGUUGUUUAUAAAGUUAUAAAGUAUAAAGUAUAAAGUUUGUAAUUCCCACGG